AUGUCCAAAGAUGCAUCCAUCCUAAUCGUCGGUGCCGGUACAUUCGGCCUCUCGACAACCCUUGAACUAGCAAGCAACGGAUACAAAAACAUUACCGUGCUAGAACGCGCCGCGGCCAUCCCAUCCCCAUACUCGGCAGGCUGUGACCUGAACAAGGUCAUCCGCGCCGAGUACGAAGACCCAUUCUACACGGAGAUUGCACUCGAUGCGAUCAAGGCCUGGAAGUCUCCCCUGUUCAGACCGUACUACGUCAAUAAUGGGCUGCUCAUGGCCAAUUCCCCCGCUGCAGACCAGCAGGAGUUUGACUCGACAGAUCAGGAGUUUGCGUCGAUUGAACACCACCCGGCGUAUCCGCCAGGGACGUUGAAGAAGAUCUAUUCCAGUGCGGAUGUACGGGCCGUUGUGCCGCAGCUUACAGGGCCGAUGAGUGGGUGGACGGGCUACUUCAAUAAAAAUGGAGGCUAUGUCCGUGCUGGGCGGGCUAUGGCGAAAAUGUACGAGAUUUGUAAGGGGCUAGGCGUGCGAUUUAUCCUGGGUGAAGAGGAGGGCAAUGCCGCGGAGCUUUUGUUCGAGGAUGAUUCUCGCAAGCGCUGUGUAGGUGUUAAGACGAAGGUCGGGAAGGAAUACAAGGCUGCUCAUACGAUCGUCUGUCUCGGUGCCCACGUUACUCGACUUCUCCCUUCGAUCGCACCGCAAAUCACAGCCAAGGCAUGGGCAGUCGCGCAUAUCCAGCUCACGCCAGAGCAAGCGCGCUCCAUGACCGGCAUCCCGGUGAUCAACUGUGGCGACAUGGGCUUUUUCUUCGAGCCCGAUUCCGAGACGAAUCUGAUCAAGCUCUGCGCGCACAACGCGGGCCUUACCAACUACGAAGGAGGUGGACGUGUCUCCCGCCCCACGAGUAGUGGAAGCGAGGCCGGUUACGUCGUCGACCACGGACGUAUCCCGCGAGACGAUGAGGAGAAGAUCAAGAAACUCAUCGCGGAGACAAUGCCACAGUUUUCGUCAUUGCCGCUGAUUCGCAAGUUCAUCUGCUGGUGCGGUGACACGACGGAUUCAAACUUCAUUAUCGACUAUGCUCCCGGCACGACGGAUAAGUCAUUAUUGAUCUUUUCCGGGGAUAGCGGACAUGCGUUCAAGAUGUUGCCCAUUGCGGGACGAUGGGCGCGCGACGUGCUGGAGCAGGGCAAGCAACGGCUUGAUCGGUGGAAGUGGAAAGAUGUUCCGGUGGGGGAUGCGGAUGAUAUCCAUUGGCGGCCUGGAAGCUUGCGGGACGUAAAGGACAUAAAGGAUUGGGUGAAGGAGGGAGACAGAUUGCGUUCGAAGCUAUAG